AGGGAGCCGGGCCGGGACAGGAAGAGGCGGGGGACCGCGGCGGAGGUGGUGAGUCCUCCGGGCGGCUUCUCGUCGCGCCCCUCCCGGACUCGCCUCCGGGCUGGGUCUCCGGUGAGUUCCCAGGUCUCCGGAGGAGAGAUCGGGCCUGGGCCCGGAGGUGCAGAGUAAGAAAAUUGAAGUCAAAGACCAUGGGAGAUGCAGCAAAACCUUACUUUGUGAAGCGUUCUAAAGACCGGGGAAUUAUUGAUGAUGAUGAUUUCAGAAGGGGUCAUCCCCAACAAGAUUAUUUAAUAAUGGAUGACUAUGGGAAAGGCCAUAGCAGCAAAAUGGAAAAAGGCCUUCCCAAAAAAAAGAUAGCACCUGGGAACUAUGGGAAUACCCCUAGAAAAGGACCAUAUGCUGUUUCCAGCAACCCUUAUGCAUUUAAAAACCCAAUAUACAGCCAGUCUGCUUGGAUGAAUGACAACCACAGGGAUCAAAGUAAGAGGUGGCUGCCUGAUGAACUUACUGGGAAUCCAGAUCACUGGAGAGAAUUCAAACCUGGACCUAGGAUUCCUAUUGUAAGUCGGCCAAGAAAAGAAUCAUUUCAAGAAAGUGAAGAUGGUUAUAGGUGGCAAGAAGGAAGAGGCUGCAGAACUGUCAGACGACUCUUCCAUAAAGACCUAACCAGCCUAGAAACCAUGUCAGAAAUGGAGGCAGGAAGUCCUGAAAAUAAGAAACCACGGUCCAGACCUAGGAAGCCUCGGAAGACUAAAAAUGAAGAAAGUGAGCAGGAUGGAGAGUUGGAAGGACCUGUGAUUGACGAGUCUGCACUUUCAGCGGAGGAGCUGUUGGGCUUAUGGCAGGCUGAGGAGCGGCUGAAGAGAGACUGCAUUGACAGGCUGAAAAGGCGACCACGAAACUGCCCUACAGCAAAGUACACCUGCAGACUCUGUGAUGUUUUGAUUGAGUCCAUCGCAUUUGCUCAUAAGCAUAUCAAAGAGAAGAGGCACAAAAAGAACAUCAAGGAGAAGCAGGAGGAAGAGUUGCUCACUACGUUACCCCCGCCAUCACCCUCCCAGAUAAUUGCAAUUGGCAAUGCCAUUGACAAAGUGGUACAGGAGUUUGGUUUACACAAUGAGAACUUGGAUCAGAGGCUAGAAAUUAAACAUAUCAUGGAAAAUGUGUUCCAGCACAAGUUACCAGAUUGUUCUCUAAGGUUAUAUGGAUCUUCCUGUAGCAGAUUGGGCUUCAAAAGUUCGGAUGUAAACAUUGACAUUCAAUUUCCAGCUAUUAUGUCUCAGCCAGACGUCCUCUUGCUUGUUCAAGAAUGUUUAAAGAACAGUGACUCCUUUAUUGAUGUUGAUGCAGAUUUCCAUGCAAGGGUGCCAGUGGUGGUGUGCAAAGAAAAGCAGAGUGGUCUUCUUUGUAAAGUGAGUGCAGGAAAUGAAAAUGCUUGUCUGACAACAAAGCACUUAACUGCCCUUGGAAAACUUGAACCAAAGCUGGUUCCUUUGGUGAUUGCAUUUAGAUACUGGGCUAAGCUUUGCAGUAUAGAUCGCCCUGAAGAAGGAGGCCUACCACCUUAUGUGUUUGCCCUGAUGGCCAUUUUUUUUCUUCAACAAAGGAAAGAACCUCUUUUGCCAGUUUAUCUAGGAUCAUGGAUUGAAGAAUUCUCACUAAGUAAAUUAGGAAAUUUCAAUCUGAAAGACAUUGAGAAGGACUCUGUGGUCUGGGAGUACACUGCCAAUGGCACAGGCGACAUGAACACCACACAAGAAGAAGCACCAAGAGAAAUGCCAGUGCGGAGGGGACAGGUGCCGUUGAUUCUUAAUGUAAAAAACCAGCCUUCAGUACCAGUUGGGCAGCUGUGGGUGGAAUUGCUACGCUUCUAUGCUUUAGAGUUCAAUUUGGCUGAUUUAGUGAUAAGUAUUCGUGUCAAAGAACCGAUAUCCCGAGAAUCAAAGGAUUGGCCCAAAAAGCGAAUUGCCAUUGAAGAUCCCUACUCUGUUAAAAGAAAUGUGGCAAGGACCCUAAAUAGUCAACCUGUAUUUGAAUAUAUACUUCAUUGUUUAAGAACAACAUAUAAAUAUUUUGCUCUUCCACACAAUGUUUCAAAAUCCAGCCUUCCAAAGCCUCCAAGCUCAAUUACAUCUAUUUCAGAUCAUUCUAAAGAGGCAAUAAAUCAUGAUCCAGGCAUCCAGACAGAAGAUAAUAAUAAACUUAUAAAUUCAGAUUUGGCUCAGGGUCCUGGUGCUACUACCACUUCAACUGAAAAUACUUGCAAGGCACAGCCACUUACUCUUAAAGAGACUGCUGAACAUUCUGGAAGCCCAGCAGAGGAGAAAGUGGGCUGCAUGCACAUCAGUGUCCAGCUGGAAAACGUAGGCUGUGUCCAGGCACAAGUCAGUUGUAAGGAUUAUGAGGAUAAUGCGAUACUACAUCAAGAAACAGGAAGUAAGAACAAGAACAUCAGACAGGAGGGCAACCAUCCUUUGGCCACUGAUGAUCAAGGUUUAAGCAGAAGCAAGCACCUAGAACUUAAAACCUGCAGCCUCACACGUAAUUAUGAAAGCACUCUGGAACUAGUAGGCCUCCAGAAUCCUACAGCUAAAGAGUGUGAUGAAUUUGUCAUUUUAUAUGACAAGGAAGAUACUAAUGAGGAAAGUCUGGAGGGUGCCAGUGAACUGGAAGACUCUCUAGACCACUUUUCCCCUUUAGUCCAUGGCCAGACAUCAGCCAUCAUUCACUUGGAUGAAGAAGAGGAAAAGCAGGAGAAGGAAGAACCCAAGCUCAGCAUUAACCAAAUAGAGGAUGAGGACAGCAUUGUUAAUGAGGAGGAGUUAGAUAACACCUAUACUGGGUCAGGGGAUGAGGAUGUCCUCUCUGAAGAGGAGGAUGAAUUAGUUAGCCCUGCCAAGUGUGAAGAUUUGAAAGAAUGUGGAACACAUGUAGAUGGAGCUCUGCUAACAGACCUGAAUAAGAUAAGUCUUAAGGAAGAAAGUGUAUCAGAGGAAAAUUCACCUGGGGAUCAGCCUGAUUUCUUCUACAAAUUUACUAAACUUCUCUUCACCAAAGGCAAGUCUCCCACUGUUGUAUGCAGCUUAUGCAAGCGGGAUGGUCAUCUAAAGAAGGACUGUCCUGAGGACUUCAAGCGAAUCCAGCUGGAGCCUUUGCCACCACUAACACCCAAGUUUUCAGCUAUCUUAGAUCAAGUUUGCAUCCAGUGUUACCAAGACUUUUCUCCAACUAUUUUAGAAGAUCAAGCUCGUGAACAUAUUCGACAAAAUCUAGAAAGCUUCAUAAAACAGGACUUUCCAGGAACUAAAUUGAGCUUGUUUGGCUCCUCGAAAAAUGGAUUUGGGUUCAAGCAAAGUGAUCUUGAUGUUUGUAUGACAAUUAAUGGACAUGAAACUGCUGAGGGGUUGGACUGUGUAAGAACUAUUGAAGAACUGGCAAGAGUCCUUAGAAAACAUUCAGGUUUGAGAAACAUCCUACCUAUAACAACAGCAAAAGUGCCAAUUGUGAAGUUCUUCCAUUUAAGAAGUGGUCUAGAAGUGGAUAUCAGUUUGUAUAAUACAUUGGCCCUUCAUAACACAAGGCUUUUAGCUGCUUACUCAGCUAUUGAUCCCAGAGUGAAAUACUUGUGCUAUACCAUGAAAGUAUUUACAAAGAUGUGUGAUAUUGGUGAUGCAUCUCGAGGCAGCUUAUCAUCAUAUGCAUAUACUCUGAUGGUGCUUUAUUUCCUUCAGCAGAGGAACCCCCCCGUCAUUCCUGUCCUUCAAGAGAUAUACAAAGGUGAAAAGAAACCUGAAAUAUUUGUUGAUGGCUGGAAUAUUUAUUUUUUUGAUCAAAUAGAUGAACUGCCCACCUAUUGGUCCGAAUAUGGAAAAAAUACAGAAUCUGUUGGGCAGCUAUGGCUGGGACUUCUUCGUUUCUACACAGAAGAAUUUGAUUUUAAAGAACAUGUCAUUAGCAUCAGAAGAAAAAGUCUGCUUACAACUUUUAAGAAACAGUGGACUUCAAAAUACAUUGUUAUUGAAGACCCCUUUGAUUUGAAUCAUAAUCUUGGAGCUGGAUUAUCAAGGAAAAUGACAAAUUUUAUAAUGAAAGCUUUUAUCAAUGGUAGAAGAGUUUUUGGAAUUCCAGUCAAAGGAUUUCCAAAAGACUACCCCUCAAAAAUGGGCUAUUUUUUUGAUCCAGAUGUGCUAACUGAAGGAGAACUGGCCCCAAAUGACAGAUGUUGCCGAAUAUGUGGGAAAAUUGGACACUUUAUGAAGGACUGUCCCAUGAGGAGAAAAGUGAGGCGACGGCGAGAUCAGGAAGAUGCCCUAAACCAAAGAUACCCUGAGAACAAGGAAAAAAGAAGCAAAGAAGACAAAGAAAUUCAAAACAAGUUCACAGAAAGGGAGGUAUCAACAAAAGAAGAUAUGGCUGUGCAGUGCGCAGCUCUGAGAGCAAGGCCCGGGAGGGCCCCUGUCAACCUGGGGGCAGAGAAGAGUCUCAGGACCCCAGUGGAAAAAUGGAAGAGGCAGGAUGACAGAGACUUAAGAGAGAAACGAUGUUUCAUCUGUGGAAGAGAAGGACAUAUUAAAAAGGAAUGCCCACAGUUUAAAGGCUCUCCAGGUAUGUCUAAGUCUAAUUGUGAGCCUGGAUCCCCUUUCCCACCUACCCCUUUGAGACCCGGUGGUACCUUUGUUCAGGCAGUGUUUUUACAUGAAGACAUAAAGAAACAAAAAACAACCAUAUUUUUGAGUCCCCAGUCAGGUAGCCUUUCCAGUAAAUAUAUGACUCAGGGAAAAGCCUCAGCGAAGAGGACCCAGCAGGAAUCAUGAGGGAAGGAUAUGCGGCUCUCUAAUGGCCACUCAGGCGUCCCUGUCACUUGGAAAAUUAGGUUCAUUUCACAAGACAUAGCUCAGGCUUCAACUUAAUAGUCAAGGGAAAUGUCGGAAUUUUUAAAAACUUUAAUGAAAUUUGUUAAUGAGGAAAAAAAUUUUAAUGCAAUCUUAUAUGCCAUAAAUCCCGAGAGAUUUAAGGAUUUUAAUAAAAAGCCAUGAUGCAUUUAAACUGAGUUAAAAGAAAAGAAAAAAAAAAGACCUAACUGUGGGCCAGUAUAUAGCUUCAUGGUUUUUACCCAAAGUAAAUUAACAGCCCUUCCCUACAAAUUUCUCUGUUUUUAAUUGUUUUCUGAUACCUUGUGUGGAAGCAUAUCAGAUAUGUAUGGACUGCUCCUGCUGUACUUAGGAUUUACAUAGAUGCUUUUAUUGUUCUGUGUAGCAGUGAUAAAAUGAACGUGAGUACCUAUUUAUGUGAGCCUCAGUGACCUCUCCAAAUCACUGAGACCUGCUCUAAUCUCAAGUCAGUUGACAUAGAACUACUAUGCUCAUAAAAAGAAGUCAAGUCAAGAUAACAAGUAGUCCUGUUUUCCAGUUUAAGAAAAAAAAAAAAACAUUUUCAAGGGGAAAAUAACAGAGUAGAAUUGCUUUUUACUUUUUAUCAUACUGAGAAAUUAGGGUGGAGAGCUUUUACAAACCUCUGAAGAACAAAGAGUCUGUCUCUGCCAGUCACAGGUUUGAUUGGCAUCCUUCUGGGUCUGACUGGAGCCCUCACUGAACUGUUCCUCUAACCUCACAAGCCUUUCUGAAGUAGAACAUAGCCAGAACUAUGCCUUGGUUUAUUUAUCAUUUUGAAAUAAAAUCAAACUUUUCAACCUGUAAUUUUAUUCACAUCAUUUUUUUAGUUAGAGUCCAAAUUUGAUGAAGAAAAUAAAUCAAGGACUUGGGCCAGUGCAGAUACCCUUAUAAGUUGCAUACAAGGUCCCCUUUGGUGUAUGUCCUAGGGACAUCUGUGGUGUAUAUUGAUACCUUAUUGUAUGCCACAUGCUGAGGAUGCACAACUUAAGAGACUAAGGUGUACAGAAGAUGCUGGCUGGGUGAGCAUUCUCAAAUGUGAGGAGUCUCAAAUAUAUGUUCUUAUUUAUGUACACAUUCACAAAAGUACUUAAGAACACAUUCUAGGUACAGAGGAAUCAUGUCAAAAUUAAGAACUUGAGAAUUUUGAAAUCAUGGUAAAAAUAAAACAGGUGGUCAUCUCUUGCUCAGUUUGAACACAAACUCAACUUGUACAACCUGAUCUGCCCCUGCUGUAUGUGACUUUCCUUAGCUGCUGCUUUGCUGGUUCCUUCUCUUGCCUCAGGUCUGGGAAGUGACAGAGUACUGUUCAGGUCACACUUGCUUUGAAAAGCUCUGCAGUUACCAUCUGGCAUUACAACAGAAGUCUGGACCAACCUAAUUUUUAUUCUCUGGUAGGUUCAAUUUUUCUACUUGGAUACACACACACACACACACACACACAUAUAGUGGGGGGAACAGAAUUACCUCACUCUAGAAAUGUAUCUCUCCAGUGAUAUAAAUUAGUGAAUCCAA